GAAAUAUUUUCAGGAAUGGUGGUUUCCCACAUAACAACCUCUAGUUAUAGCAAUAACAGUAUUUAGAGCCAAGAAUUAAUAGCGAAGAGCUUCACGGAAAAGAGGAAUUUCUCGUUACUAAAUCAUGUACGGUUUUGUCAACCACGCCUUGGAACUUCUGGUACUCAGAAAUUAUGGACCAGACGUGUGGGAAGACAUUAAGAGAGAAGCUCAACUUGAUGUUGAAGGCCAGUUCCUGGUCAGAUUAAUUUAUGAAGAUGCCAAAACCUAUGAUCUUGUUGCUGCCGCAAGCAAGGUUCUUAAGAUAGAUGCUGGUCAAAUCCUGCAAAUGUUCGGAAAGAUGUUUUUUGAGUUCUGCCAAGAAUCCGGAUAUGACACUAUACUCCGUGUGUUAGGCUCCAAUGUCCGGGAGUUCUUGCAGAACCUGGAUGCUCUGCACGACCACCUGGGCACCAUUUACCCAGGCAUGCGGGCACCAUCUUUCCGCUGCACGGACGGCGAGAAGGGGACCAACCUGAUUCUGCACUACUACUCGGAGCGAGAGGGCCUGCAGGACAUCGUCAUCGGCAUAAUCAAGACAGUGGCUCAGCAGAUCCAUGGCACAGAGAUCGAGAUGAAGGUCAUUCAGCAGAAGGGCGAGGAGUGCGACCACAUCAAGUUCCUGAUCGAGGAGAAGGAGUCGGAGGAAGAGGCCUUCUACGAGGACCUGGACGGCUUCGAGGAGAAUGGCACGCAGGAGACGCGCAUCAGCCCCUACACCUUCUGCAAGGCCUUUCCCUUUCACCUGAUGUUUGACCAGGACCUCACGCUCACGCAGUGUGGCAAUGCUAUCUUUAGAGUCCUGCCACAGCUCCAGCCCGGUGUGUGCAACCUGUCCUCCGUCUUCUCCCUGGUGCGGCCCCACAUUGACUUCGGCUUUCACGGAAUCCUCUCCCACAUCAACACCGUCUUCGUGCUUCGCAGCAAGGAGGGUCUGCUGAACGUGGAGACGGCCGAGAGCGAGGACGAGCUGACGGGCACGGAGAGCAGCUGCCUGCGGCUCAAAGGCCAGAUGAUCUCCCUGCCCGAGACCGAGAACAUCCUCUUCCUCUGCUCCCCGAGUGUCAUGAAUCUGGAUGACCUGACGCGGCGGGGCCUGUACCUGAGCGACAUCCCGCUGCACGACGCCACGCGGGACCUGGUGCUGCUGGGAGAGCAGUUCCGCGAGGAGUACAAGCUGACCCAGGAGCUGGAGAUCCUCACCGACCGCCUGCAGCACACGCUCCGAGCCCUGGAGGACGAGAAGAAGAAAACAGACAGACUGCUGUACUCUGUGCUGCCACCAUCAGUGGCUAAUGAGCUGCGUCACAAGAGACCUGUACCUGCCAAGCGUUACGACAACGUCACCAUUCUCUUCAGCGGCAUCAUGGGAUUCAACACUUUCUGCAGCAAGCACGCCUCAGCCGAGGGAGCCAUCAAAAUAGUCAACCUGCUCAACGACGUGUACACCAGAUUUGACAUCCUCACUGACACAAGGAGGAACCCGUAUGUCUAUAAGGUGGAGACGGUGGGUGAUAAGUAUAUGACGGUGAGCGGCCUCCCAGAGCCCUGCACCCACCACGCCCAGUCCAUCUGUCACCUGGCCCUGGACAUGAUGGAGAUCGCUGGCCAGGUGAAGGUAGAUGAUGAACCCGUACAGAUCACCAUAGGCAUCCACACAGGAGAGGUGGUGACGGGGGUCAUUGGCCAGCGGAUGCCCCGUUACUGCCUGUUUGGGAACACGGUCAACCUGACGAGUCGCACAGAGACCACAGGCGAGAAGGGCAAGAUCAACGUCUCCGAGUACACUUACAGGUGUUUGCAGUCAGCUGAAAAUGCAGACCCCCAGUUCCACCUGGAGUAUAGAGGGCCGAUCACUAUGAAGGGCAAGAAGGAACCAAUGAAAGUGUGGUUUUUGUCACGGAAGACACCGGAGACAAAUGUGUAGUGUCUGUCCUACAGCAACAUGCCACUCUCAGUUUUAACGUUUCUUAAUUGUGCAGACACAUAAUAUUUAUCUUGAACACAGUACAUUAAAACAAAUCACAUUUUAUUAACAUAACUCAUGUAUUGUAUGUUUUCAUGUGUGGUUUUUGUAUGAAACCUGUAGUAUCUUUUUUAGUUAAAAUCGUUAAUAUACCAUUAAUAAUGUUAGCUAGAGUCGUUAAUAUGCUCACAUCACCAUCUCCAUUGAUUCAAACUCGUUUGGUCUUUUGACUGACAACUCAAUGUUCUGGAGUUCAUGAGUGUUAUUUAAUUUAUUGUUCGUUAUGCCUUGGGAUGUCUGCUUUCAAGAUGACUAUGUAUGGAGGCUCUCAUACAUGGUGAGAUUACACAGUAUUGUUAAUUAAUUAAAAACUCCAAUGCUAUUCAACUGACAUUCACAUUUAUAUAUGUGUAUAAAUAUGAUCAUAAGCUUUAAAAAAUAAUAUAGGCCUUUUAAAGUGUGCUUUUGAACACAAUUCUGUAUUUAAGCAUAGCAGAACAUAUUUAUUUUUUGUAUGUAUGUACACUUUCCAAAAAUGAACCAUAAUUGCUAUCCUAAUUUAUAGAAUGGGCACUAUACAUAGUCUUAAAUUUGAGUUUGUAUCAAAGUAGCUCUGUUUCUGAAAUAGCAGUUUGAUUCUGAUAUUUAAUUCUAAUCCCUGUGUUCCUACUGAGGUUUAACCAUAUGAGUUUGUACCACCCUCAGUACCUUGCCUAUAUUUAAGGAGUAUUUUAGCUUGUAUGGUUUUAGUCAAUUUGUUUACAAGUCCUCUUUUGUUUGAAGCGCUUAACUGUAAUCUGUCCAAUUGAGAUGAUGUAGUGGGUCACAUUUGCUGUAUUUUUCUUUUUAAAGAUGAUUUUACGAAAGAGAAGUUGUAGUGCACGUAUCCACGACUGAGAAAUGUAGGCUUUAUUUUUCUCACAUCCUCUAAAAUUUAAAUCUGUGCCACUUCAAAAAUCACAAUUGGCAACCGCCAUGUAAGUUAUUCUUAAGUUAUUUAUGAGCCAAAAUGGGGCUGUGGUUGUAAUUUCUGUUGAUUUGCUCCAAUGUUGUGUUCCUAGUAUCAAAAUGUGCCAAGUGCCUCACAAAGUAUUACCUUCAGAUUCCUCCUCAUUUUUAAUGAAGUGUCUGAAAUAGUAUAGGCCUAUUUAGAUUCUCUCUGAUGUUCCGUAACAUUGUCAGGUAUACUAUGAAGUUAUUUUUAGGAAGUGGCGGCGUGUCUUGCUGUUUUCUUGCUUUUCCGGAUUGCAGGAAGGCAUCCUCUGAGGUGUGAGAGACUGUGCGAGGUAUUAAGUUACUGGGCAGGCUGUGAGAAAUCCACACUCUCUUAUUGCUCACCUUUCAUUUUGCGUAGAAGUACUACUAGCAGUUCCUCAGAUUAGAUUCCUUUUCCCGCCCAACUCAAAUUCUUUAAAGUGUUGAAAAUAAAAGUGUUAAUGUGUGAAAAUAAAAAUGAAUAAAGCAAUAUGGAACUUC